AACUUUGCGCCGAAGUUAGCAGACGUUGUUGUGGCAUCUCGAGUACACCUCCGAGUUGCGCCUUUUGUUUUGCAGUCUGCUAAGCAAAAACUCUCACUAACGACAGCUUUCUAAUUUCUGUAACCAGAGUCAACAGAAGUAGCUAAGGGGAUAGCUUUGCUAUCUAGCUAAGCGUUUUAAAAUUCCUCUCCUGAUCAUGCAUCAAGAAUCGGCGAAAGGACAACUUUACAAACGUGCUGCUGUGCUAUGUUUUGGAGUUCUAUAUAUCGUGUUUGGAAUACUGCUUGUAUUACUAGACACAGUCGAUGUUGCACUGAAACGACCAGAGAUAACAUGCAUCGUACUGCCGGGGAUUGUAAUCGGUUCGGGAUUUUGGACAGGCGCCUUUUUUAUUGUGGCGGGUAUCGUCGGAAUUCUUGCCGGUCAACGCAUUCCGCCCAACGAAGGACCACGCGCUCGCCGUUCCUCUUUAAUAACCACUUUAAUAUUUAGCAUCCUGGGAUUGCAUGCAGCUCUGGCACUCAGUGCUCUUUCCAUUCUUUCGUCUGUGUACUUUUUGAAUGAUUGUUUUAAUCAGGAUUUCUCCGGGUUCAUCAUAACUCUAACCCAUGCAGUUAUUUUCUGCAUCAUGGUGCUUAUUAAUGUCGGUCAAUUGGUAUCGAUCAGUGUCAACCUGCACAGAAUGCCACCGCCGCCGGUGACGAACGCUCGUAUGAUCGCGAAACCGGAGUUGUGGAUGAUUGCAACGGCUGUUAACACUCAUCCACCGGUCUGACGGAUCCUAAAAACGUUCUCAUUGCUACUGUUAUGGUGGACAUUUCUAGGGCUCGUGUUCCACGAGCCCUGCUAGCAUGAGCGCAGAACAGCUAGUACACAGAAGUACCAGACCUCAACGAAUAAAAAAAUAUAGACGGUACAGGUAGGACGUGAAGUUAUAACGUCGUCAAUAUGACUUGCGAUCUUCUGAAUUCGAAAUCAGUUCAAAGUACCCGGCAUGAAACUUAAAAGCGUGCUCGUACGUGUACACGAAUAUUUUUACUGAACCAUCUUGUUUGUAGUCGGCCGAGCACUAUUCUUAUCUGCAUUUCUUUUGAUGUAAACCCUUACUCUAACGUUCCACCGUAAGAAGGCUGGUGCCGUCACAAUCUCAUUUUUUACCAUGUAAACCGCGAAAGAUAUCUGAAGAUCUCAAACCCAAACGGAUUGCUAGUUCGUAGUUGGACCGAUAUGCGUCAGCCGUCAAGUAUCGU